ACUAUCGUGAGACACAGAAGUGAUACCUAACAAACUACACGCAAAGCAACGGCUUCCUACACCUUAUAAGAUAAGGAACCCAUUUGGCGGUGUGAAUAUAAACUGUUAUUUUAAAUGAACAGAACGGUAUUCCAUGGAACGAGGUUUUAGAUAUUUCUUUUCGCCGACUUGGUUAUCAUCACAAGCUUUAUACGCUCCCAGAGAAACAACAGUGACCUUUGUGCAUCUUUGUUAAUAAAAUAGAUAAGACUAAUUUGAAACUGGAAUCUUAUAUGGCGCGUCAUCUGCCCUGUUGCGCUUCCCACCUUGGGAUUGUCUCCAAGUUCAGCAAGAACCUCCUCUGAAUACCUGGCUAUGCUAAAUGGAUGCAGCUCAAAGAAGGCAGUGGGAGUUUUAUUCCAAAUGAAUUUUUUAUUUCUUUCAACCAUUGAUUACACGGUAAUCUGGUGAUGCCGUCCAACGCAACAAACAUGACAGCUGCAGAACAAGACACAUCUGUUCUAAAGACACUUCUGGAAAUAUGUGACUUGAAAAUCGCUUGCUCCACAUGUGCCAGUAAAGAGAAUGAAAUAACAUAUUUGCUGAGAACCACUGCGCAUCAGUGUCAUGGCGAUAUACUCUUAGCCAAGGCUAAGGGCAAUGGCAAAAGAUGGAGAUAUAUCUCCCGUCGGCCUCAGUUUCCAAACCCCAGCAAAUACUGCGUGUGCUAUUUUUUUGUGGAAGGCCUAGGAUGCACCAAGCACCAUAAUCGGUGUACCUUUGCCACAAGUAAUGAAGAGGUUAUGGUGUGGAACUUUCAAAAGCGCAACAAAAUGGACCACAGCACUCUGAUAAAACUUUUGGCCAGUCGUCGAGGUGACGCCCAAAAGCGGGCCGACACAGCCGGGGAAAUCUUGGCCGAGUUUGGCGGGCAGUUUAGGGAGCUUUGCGGGGCUUGUUUUCGCAGCUCCCCCCAGAGAAUCGCAGACAAAAGGUGGAACAACACGUGCACUGGGGAGGCAGCGCACACCUGGAGUCCCAUUUUAACCCACUGCCUGGAAGAGCAGAGCAAGAAGGUUUAUAAUGAGAUCCGCCACCGGUCACUCCACGGAUUUCAGGUCUGUGCCCAUGUUGCUCGGGGAUUUCCUUGCUGGCACAGGUUCAGCAGCUGCCCGUUCGCGCACAGUGAAGUGGAGAUGGCUGUUUGGAAGGAAGAGGUCACAGGCAAGUUGCACCGGCAGGACCUCAUCUUGCUGUCCCAAAGGAAACAGCUGUCAGACACAAGCUCAGCGGCUAAGUCCAGUCCUGCGUUGCAAUACUACUGCAAAGCCUGCCUUCUGACUGUCUCCUCCCAGGAGAGCUUCAUUAAGCAUUGUGCCUCCCUUGAACACACCAUGAUGAUCACUGAGGACUUCACCGCAGAAUGGAAGCACCGACCUCCCCCUCAGAAUUGCAAACCAGAACUUUGCGACAGGCCUAAGACGUGCGACUAUGGCCAUAACUGCACGCGGGCGCAUUCCGCGGAGGAACUGACUGAGUGGAUCAUGCGGCACAAGGAGGCAGAGGAGAUCAGGAGCAGUGCAGAAGCUCAGGGGCUGAUGUCUUACAGGGAGCUCCUCUUGCAGGAGUACAGGAACAGCAGUAAUGAAGUGCACAUUAUCUCGGAUUAUGUUGAUGAUGUCAUUGUUACACAUGAUAAGGAUUUGAGUGUGGAGUGUGAGAAGACUGGAACUCUGUUAAAGUGGAUUUUUCAGAUUAAAACUGAGCGAUUACUUGGGCAUAUUGCGCUUCUGAAACAAGAACCGGGAUCUACAUUUUCUCUGGGUGAAAUCAGUCCAGAGGGUCCUUGCAUUUAUGCGACUGGAGAGAAAUUUUGUACUUCAGACAUGUCCUUUGAGGUUCCAGUGUUCUUUACCUCCAUUAACCCAGGUCUGUAUGAGCAGUGGCUGGUGUUCGACUUCAAUAUGAGGCCAGUGCUCUUACAGAAACUUCAAGUGAGGGUGGGAGAGCAUAUGCUCCCUUUACCAGAGGAGAUGCCCAUGAGUGUGAGGCCCCUCAUCCAGGAUUUGAAGAGAUGGCACCGGGGAAACAGAUUCAUCAUUCCCUGUACAGAAAAAAAGGAGGAAGAAGAGGAGCUCCUGAAGGAGUACAAGCCUCCUCAAAUGAACUUGCAGUUCAACCCCAAAGCUGAAGACCACAGUCCCUUAACCCGCCAGAACUACAGAGAGCGAAUGCACAACUUCCUCUACAGAGAGGAGCUGGCACUAGAAGAGGUGGUGUCCAGGUUAAGCCUAAAAACAACCAUCUCCCUGCCUGACAAGAUCUAUGGAGAUGGAUUUGGGAUGAAAUUUGCUCCAGCUGGGGAGCUUUUUGCUGAAGUCCCUGUUCAUUUCUCCCUGACGCCCGACACCCCAGAGGGCUACGUGCUAAGGAGAUCGGUCUGUUCAGCCCUGGUGGCUCCCGCGUCAGCAGCCAAUCAGAAUAAUCAGGUCUACGAGGCGGACAUCGUUCGAGAUGCCAGCAGUGAGAACAUGAUGUAUCUGCAGCUCUCCAAACGAUGCUGCCAUGACAUGGGGCUCCAGAGCAACAUGACCUGUGCAAUGGAGGUCCAGUUUCAGAUCAGUCGUCUUCCUCUCUGCGAGAUGCACAAAGCCGUCGACCUCCUUCCAGAAGUUGAAAUGGUUUUGCCAGACAUGGACCAGUGCUGUGUUCCAGUGCACGCGGUGCAGUACACUAGGCUUAAUGCAAAGCAGCAAACAGCCAUGUCCUUCAUCCUUGGCGAAUCGGACGGAAGAAGAAGCGUCGCACCUCUCCUCAUAUACGGACCAUUUGGAACAGGGAAAACUUACACUCUGGCCACAGCAGCAAAGGAGUUGGUCCGUCAGCCUGGAACCAGAGUCCUAAUUUGCACUCACACAAAUAGUUCUGCAGAUUUAUAUGUGAAAGAUCAUUUCCACCUCUAUGUUAACGCUGGAAAUCCUCAAGCUCGACCUCUCAGGAUUAAAGCCAACAAGAAAGGGGUGGUUACCAGUGCAACAGAUGACAUUACGGUACAAUACUGUCACCUUUCCACGGAUGGUCAGUUUCUGUUUCCUGACAAGGCUACAGUAGACAAAUUCAAAAUAGUCAUAACCACAGCUGCAAUGGCCAGAUUGUUCCAUGAUCUGAAGCUGCCAUCGGGUUACUUCAGUCAUAUAAUGAUCGAUGAAGCUUCUCAGAUGUUGGAGUGUGAAGCUUUGAUGCCCCUGAGCCUGGCAGGAAAAGGAACACGAGUGGUUCUGGCUGGAGACCACAUGCAGAUGGGUCCGAAGCUUUUCUCCGUUCAAGAUGGCCAAUGCUGUGCUCAGACGCUCCUUAAUCACCUGUUCCGUUACUACCAGGAAGACAAGAAUUUAGCAGCUUCAAGAAGCAGAAUCAUCUUCAAUGAAAACUACCGCUCCACUAAGGAAAUAGUGGACUUUGUGUCCACUUACUUCUACGUUGGUAAGAGUGAUGCCAUCAAGGCCAGUGGGGCAGUGCCUCCGCACCCCCACCACCAUCCUCUGAAGUUCCAGCACGUUCGUGGCCAGUGCCGCUUGGACUCCACGACCAUGUCCUGGUUUAAUCCAGAUGAGAUCACAAGUGUUGUGCAAGUUGUCAAAUCAGUACUGGAGGAAUGGCCCCCUGAGUGGGGAAAUCGGGAUCAAAGAACAAUAUGCGUCCUUUCUGAAGGAUGUCAGGUUCCUCUGAUCAGGAAAGCACUGCGAAGAACGGACCUCUCCAGAGUAACUGUGGAAAAUUUGGAAAAUGUUCAAGGCAAACAGUUCCGGGUAGUAGUGAUGAGCACCGUUCACACUCGAGACAGCCUGCUCUCAUCUGACUCAGCUUACCUGGAUUUCUUCAAUGAUGCCAGAGUGCUGAAUACUGCCAUGACCAGAGCUCAGUCUCAGGUCAUUGUGGUGGGAGAUGCUGUGGCCCUGUGCAUGUUUGGGAGGUGCACGAAGAUCUGGAAAAGCUACACUGGGCAAUGUAUUGGGAAGGGAAGCAUGAACCCACCACAUCUAACUGUAGACUUCAUUGAACAAGAAGUCUGGGAAAUCUCAAGAUUUCAAAGGGUUGUGAAUGAGUGUGAUGCCGAUGUUGAAUAUCCAGCAGAAGAGCCAAAUGUGGAUGAGAUACUUCAAGAGCUAACAGAAGAUCAUAGCAUUAUAGAGGAUGGAGCACUACUAGGGGAUCACCCUGAUGGAGUGGAACAGGAGCAUUUCAGUGUUCAACAUAAGGCAUUUUAUUCUGAAACUGAGAAAAACACAUUAUUGGAAAUGGUGGCACUACAGCCUACACUCUACAAGCACGGUGAAUUGGUGCUGGAACAUUUUGACAGAGGGUAUGUCAUGCCAUAUGUCAACCAUUCCACCCACAUCGUCAUUAAAGGCAAAACGAAUAUAGGAAAGUCCUUUUCUGGAGAUGAAGUGGUUGUAGAAAUAUACAAAGAAAAUGGUCACGAUUUUGGGAAAGUGCUGGGCAUCACCAAGAAGGCUGAAGCUUCUCGAGUAUUUGUGUGUACCUUAGAGGAUAGCUACAACAAAAAGAGCCCUAUCAGUGACAAGGUCACCAAGGUUUUUGUGCCAAUAAACCAGAAUGCAACCAAAAUUCGAGUUCUGGUCAACAAGAAGAACCCAAACUUGAUACCUAUAUGGAGGUCAGACAAUGGAAAUUGGAACAUUAUGAAGAGUGUACACUUCAAUGAAAAGACAAAGCAUGAUCAUGUCUUUGUUGUGGAAGUGAUACGCUGGAAGGAAAAUAAUAUAUUUCCCUUGGGCAAUGUCACUGAUAUUUACCCCAUUGGAAAGUCUUUGGAUGCAGCACUGAACAUUCUUGACAAAGAAUUUAGACUGGUUUCUCAAUCCCAUCAUGUUCUGACUGCAGCCCAGGUCUGUUCCGACACUGAAAAGGAAGAAAUAACUAGAAUGGACCUUCGGGACAUACUAACUUUUACAGUUGACCCAAAACAUGCCAAGGUACUGGAUGAUGCAAUUAGUGUUCAGGAUUUUAAUAACUGCUAUGAACUAGGAGUGCAUAUCACAGAUGUAGCAAGCUUUGUGAGCCGAGGCAGUCUCUUAGAUCUGGAAGCAAAAAAAAUGGGAGCUACAUUUUAUGUGUCCAAUGAAGAGCGACGAUUCAUGCUCCCCAAACCCUUCAGCAUUCACCAAUGCAGUUUUCUUCCAGGGCAGGAUCGUCGAGCAAUUUCUUUAAUUAUCAAAGUUGAAAAAGCAACAAAUCAAAUUGUUAAGCAUGAAUUUGUGUUAUCUCGAAUAAGGUCAGAUCAUCAGCUGACUUAUGAAGAAGCUGAGGACAUCAUUGAAGGCACUGGAAUUGGGGGUCAGUUGAAGGAUUAUGUUACCAUAGCUUAUCACUUUUCCAAGGCCCACAGAAAAGCGCGACUUCUGGAAGACUGGUGCUAUGCCCAACCUGAUGAAUGCCGGCCCAUAGGAAGAAGAAAAUCACAUCAGAUGAUUGAAGAACUCAUGAUAAUGUUCAACAGCUGUGUAUCUGAAUUUUUGAUUGGUUUAAGUGAAACAGAAAUGUGUACACCCCUGAGAUGCCAGGAAAAGCUAACAGUGGAAAGUGUAAGAGCACUUCAAGAGAAAUAUCAAGAUCUCAUACCAUUAUCUACCCAUCUGAGAUACCACAUUGGAUCCCAUUGUAACCAGUCAAGGAAUGAAAGCUUCUGCAUAUUAACUUCAUUAUGGGAGGAGCUUCAGUCUGCUGCUCAGAUGAGAAAAUCUGACAAAGUGAUUGACUUGAUUGCCACAGACAACAUCCACCCACAUCUUCACCCUGCAACAUCAGAACUCAGGAAUUUGCUUGGUAAAUCAUAUGUCGUCCGUUCUAACUCAGCCCCCAAAUCAAAAGUUGGCCACUACUCUUUGCAGCUCAACUCCUAUACAUUGGCAUCAUCACCUCUUCGUCGCUACUUGGAUAUAAUCAUCCAAAGGCUUCUCCAUGGGGUACUCACUAAUACUCCAAUCCAAUACUCCCCACAAGAGAUUGACAUAUUGUGUCAGCAGUUUGAGAACAAAAACAAAACAGCAAAUGCCUACAAAAAGAAAGCUGAAGAACUCUCAGUUGCCAUAAACCUAAGGCAGCAAAAUUCUCAGAAGCUGGCAUUUGUCAGUACUGUAGACCCAGACGGAGAGAGCUUCCGGUUAUCAUUUCCAUUUAAUAAUGACUUACAAGACACUCUGCCUAUUAUGUACAGAGAUUUGCAACUUGAAGACCAACCAGUGUUUGAAAAAGAACACGUGACACUGGCAUGGAAAAGGCGGAUUUACUCCAUUUCUACCACCAGCAACGCCUUGGAACUUAAAAGAUUCCAGCGGUGCAAUCCAUGCACUAGUGUCCCACAGAAGGCUUGGCUGAACCUUGUUGAAGCUGUGAGAAUGGAGGACUGGAAAAUGGUGAAUGAUAUUUUAAUGAGCACAACUACAAAACCCAUGAAGGAGAGUUCUGAAGCAGGAAAUAGAGAGAAGCACUUUGUCAAUCUUGCUUUCAACUUGAAGCCUGGAGAUAUCCUUGAAGUACAAAUGACAAGUGAACAAAAGCAAGGCUUUUUCAUACCUAUUGUUCAGCUGCUCAAUGUUAAUGCAGAUUUUGAGGUGUGUCUUGAACACACUCACAACCCAGUCAUGUGUUUCUCUACAAGUGCAGAGCAUGCAGCCAGAUCCAUGUACCGAAAUGUGGAUGAAUAUGUGAAGAUCUGGAAACCGCUUUGUGAAAUGGAGUCUGCAGCUAAUGCCGUGGAUGAAAGUGAUAGUAUAAUCAUUGAAGAUGUGGAACUAACAUGGAAACAGGGAGUCGGAUUGGAAGGAAGCUUCUUCUUGCCCAACAACUGCAUAAAAGACUGGGCUAUUGAAUGCAGUCUAGCAAGAUGCUACUUGUGUAUUCGAAAAAGAAACAUAAAACAUGACUGUAGUGUUAACUGCUCGGAAAUAAAUGUAGAAGUAGACCCCAAAAAAUUUACUUGGGUAGCCCAUGGAUUUACCACAAGAGAUCUAGGAACCAAGAAGAAUUCUAAAAAUAAAGUGAAAGAAGUGGAAUUCUACAUCAACUAUAUGUCAAUGAAUGCCAAACCACAAUGCGUGUUUCAAGAGAACACAAAGUUCACAGUUGAGCUAAUACCAAAACUUCUCCCUAACAUACGCCAAGAGACUGCCGUAAUCAGCCUUAAGAAUGCAAAUGACCUUGUUCAGAAAAUAGCACUGGGGAAACAAAUACCAAGAGCAGGUUCCGAAUCCAGUCUCCAAAAAUGGGAAAUAAUCCGAUUUCAGCCUUCAGGACUCCCAGAACUGAAUGAGAGCCAACGCGAUGCAAUAGAGAAAGCCAUGAGAAAUAGCUUUACACUGAUACAAGGGCCUCCAGGGACAGGGAAAACAGUGGUGGGAGCCUACAUUGUGUAUUGGUUUCUUAAGCUGAACUCUAGAACGCCAAGAUAUUUUGAGGACCCUGUGGAAAGAGCCAAGGCAGAGGUCAUUCUCUACUGUGGGCCAUCCAAUAAGUCCGUUGAUGUGGUUGCUGAGUACUUGAUGAAGUUUGAGAAGAAGUUGAAGCUGCUCAGGGUCUACAGCCGGCAGAUAGAGAUGCUGGAGUAUCCCUACCCAGGAAGCAUCAUUCAGUUGUCCCGCAAGUCCCUGCGGCAGGAGCACUCCAAGCCGGAGCUCAGACUUAUUUCUAUGCAUCACCGGAUAAGGGAAGGAGAGAACCCAUUUUCAAGUGAAAUACGAGACUUUGAUGAAAGAAUAAGAUCAGAGGAACAGAUGACGGAUAACGAGGUUGAAGAAUACAAGAAGCUUCUAAAUAAAGCCAGACUUCACGAGCUGCGGAAACACGACGUCAUCUUAUGCACCUGCACGGCCGCCUCCACACCAAACAUCACCAAAUCCGUCAGCGCGCGCCAGAUCCUUAUUGACGAAAGCGCCAUGGCAACUGAGCCCCAGACUCUCGUCCCGCUGGUUAGCCACAAUCCCGAAAAGAUUGUGUUAAUUGGUGACCACAAACAGCUCCGGCCCAUUGUGAAGAACUUACAAGUGCGACAUCAGGGCAUGGCAAGGUCUCUCUUUGAGCGUUAUUUUAAGCAAACAAACAGAACAAUAAUGCUGGACACGCAGUAUAGGAUGCAUAAGGACAUUUGUGAAUUUCCAUCUACGGAAUCAUACAAUGGACAACUGAAGACCGAAGUGAACUGUCCACCCAGCGUCCUGCAAGCCAGUAACCGCAGAAGGACCCACAUACUAUUUGGACACAUAACUGGAGAGGAAGUCAGCCUGAUAGUGACCACAGAAAAAGGAAAUGAGAACUCGAAAGCCAACAGGGAGGAGAGUGACAUAGCUGUGCACAUAGCAGAGUCGCUGGUAAACAUCUCUAAAGUCCGUCAGGAGGACAUUGCCGUCUUGUCGCCAUACAAUGCCCAAGUGGCUGGGAUCAAAAAACAACUUACAGAGAUAAAUAUGGAUGGAAUUACCGUGUGUACCAUCACAAAAAGCCAAGGAAGUGAAUGGCGCUAUGUCAUCCUUUCCACCGUACGUUCCUGCCCUAGUGCCAAGAUCGAGAAAGACCCAAGCAGGCCAUGGCUUUCAAAAUACGUGGGCUUCGUUGGGGACCCCAACCAGGUUAACGUGGGCAUCACCAGGGCUCGGCAGGGCCUCUGCAUUAUUGGUAACCAGGAGCUGCUGCGGUGCUCUCCGAUCUGGAACCGACUGCUGAAACAUUACACGGCCAACAGCUGUGUGGUGGGAGCCGAGGAGAUCACGGUCCAUGGAGCUGCCUAGAACCAAGGUUCUCGAAUUCUGUGAGCCUGCCUUUGCAGAGAUUUUCCAGCUUAGGCAUCUGGAAGGCAGGAAUUAAAGUGGGUUAGAUCAUGGCACUUUUGUUUAAUGAAUAAAUAAAUCUGAUUGGCAGUUUCAUACAUAAUAAUUUCAUGCAAGUUUAUUUUUCUUGUGCUGCAGCCUGGCCUCCCAGCUGAUGCCAUCUAGAUACUCGGCAACAAAUCAGAAAGUAAAAUCUCCCCACAGCCCUGUUCCCCACACUUAACAAACAUCCUUUUUGUUGCGUUUUCAUCCCUUCCCUUCAAUACAGUAUGUUCAUGGUAAACUUAUGAUAGCAAUACUUGCUAGCUACGCAAGGGGAGCCAGGAUAAAAAUUAGUUGCUUUUUUCUGAAGUUGUAGGUAAUUUCAAAUGUAACAUUUCAACAGAGCUCAACAAAUAUCACCAAACAAACAAGGUAUUUUAUGUGCAAAUUGACUAUUGUCUUGCUACUGUAGAUACCAGUAUGGUAGCUGACACUCUGGUUAGCACUUAGCUAGCUUAGCUAGACUGACAUUGAGUCCUGAGUGUCUCUCAGAAGCGGAGCUAGCAUGGGGGGUAGAAGUGCGAUCACAGGCCAUGGCUGUUCUCUGCUGUAUGCUGUAGCAAGAUAUUGGUUCAGUAUUUGAAGUUAUUAGCGACUGCCGCACACAACUGGCAAAUCCAGAUUUCUUUAUGGGCAGAUUUUUAUUUAUUUAUGAAUGUUUGCAUGUCCUGGGUCAAAUUCAUAGCACAGAUGGUGUAUAACUGUUCCAAUAACUCUAAAACAACAUGAGGCAGAGAAAUCUAGUAAUGUGUAGUUUGAACAGUUGACUGUGGGCGACUAUGCACGCCCCUUGGAUUUUAAGAUUACUGACUGGUUUUCCAUGCAUUGGAAUAAUUCAGCAAAUAAGUCUAAAAGUGUAAAAGUUUAAGUCUAAAAUUAAAUAAGGCACUCACUUCAAGUACAUUGUGCCUUAAGCAGCUCAUUAUUGGACAGUGCACAGCAUUAAGUCUAGCAUUGUGUCAUUAAGUCAUUCAUUGCAUAAAAGAAAAUGCAGAGUUGGUGACCAUUGCUUUCAAAUUUGUUUGUAAAGGGAGCAUAAAUCAGCUUUUAGGGUCCCCCCCCCCCCCACUCAAAUUCCAGUCUAAGCCCUGCUGGUAGAUUUAAACCAGCAUAUUGACAUCGCCUUCUAGAUAGGCUACCUCAGACCGGAAGCCCAGCAAGUGUUCUGAAUGCAUUGACGUUUCCUGGUUUCCUGACAAACGAUUUCCUGGUUGCUGUCAUGAAAUGUGUCAGUUAAGACAAAAUUUCUUCUGGUAUGCUCAUUUCAAGAAAAAAAUAUUUUUUUACUAAUGUAAAGUUUUGCAAAAUUUAAUAAUAGUAAGUUUUAUUUUUUAACUAAUGCUUUAAGGUUGGUUUACUGAAAAGUCACCUCAUAAUGUGAUCAUUUUAUAUAUUUAAAAAAAAAAACAGAUUUUUUUUUUUAUUUUAAUGCCACAUACCAGCAAUUAAAAUAUUUUUUUGUAAAUCUGUUCUAGCCUUUAAUUAUAAAGUACUUAGAUGAAAGAAUGAAGAUUUUAAAUAUUUCUUUUUUUUUAUUAUAUUUUUAUCACUGAUGGUGUGUUUGUAUGUAGUUUUAGGUUUUGAACAACAUUAAAUGUUUUUAAAUUUUAUUGAAAUAUACAUGAAGGAAUAUGACCAAUUAGCAAUUUAUAUGACUAAAAUGUGUUUAGAAUACAAUAUGGGUGUUUAUAACGAUGUGAUCAAAAAUGUAUGACGUGUAAACAGAAACUUAAUUGUGUAUGGUUUUUGUCUUUUGUCAGUUUAUGUAUUUUUACAAAUAUUAAAGUAAAUAUUUGGUGCUA